UCCAAGCAGAGAAAGAGAGUGAGGGGAGAGGAUGUUAGUGCGGACCUCCCUCAUCUCAGCGACCACUUCUCUCUUCUCUCUCACUGUUCAUCUGUUCCUGCAGGAUUUUCUUCGCCUCUUAACAGAAUAAUAGAAAAUGUCACACACUAACAGCUGACAUUUCAUCUUUCCAAACCGUUUUCUAACGGCACCUUUAUCUUGAAGAAGAGGCUCGCUUUUACCCACCUCAUGUUCCUUCGUCAGCUGAGCUCCUCCGGCUCCUCCUUCCUUCCCCGCAGCCGUCCGCCGUUCUGCAGGGCUGGCUUCAGGGGCAGGAGGGACCUCUCCUCCUCCUCCUACCUCCCUCAUUUCUCCUCCGCUCCUCCCCCAUGGUGGCGGUGGCGUGGAUUCCCCCCCCCGCCUCCUCCUCCUGGACCCCCCCGCUUCCACCCAGCGGCCCAUCGAGGAUUCUCCGGUACGACGUUUCUCCCUCGGAGCUUCCACCACCCGGGUAACUUCGGCGGAGGCUGGCAGCCGUUCUCCACCUCCGCCCGCCUCAUGAUGGAGCGGCCCGACAGAGACAGAGAGCCUCCUUACAAACGGAGGAAAAGCUCCGAGGAGAGGAGGAGCGCUACAGAACACAAAGGAGGAGCAGCAGGAGGCUCCAAGAGGGGGCACCAUCAGAUGGAGUUCAGCUCCGACAGCCGGCCUCGCCCGAACCACCACCACAAGGAUGGACGAGAGAAGAACGUUAGUCGGGAGAACAGCAGCGAUAAAGACGCAGGAAGGACUAAAAGUUGGACUAAAGACAGACAGAGAAGAGACGAUGAAACCCGACACCGAGCGGAGACGCAUCAGCAAGGAGGACGCAAAGAUUCACAGUCUGCAAACUUCAAGACGCAAACCUCCAGAUCAAAACCUGAACAGGAUAAAGUUCACAUGAACAGACCCAACGCCUGGUUCAAGGACAGGGCAGCAGAGCAAAGGGAUCUAAAACCAGCAGCAGCAGCAGCAGAGGGACAGUUCAGGGACAGAAGCACUGAUGGAGGGACCUCCGCCCCCCCAAACCCGUGGCAGGUAGCCGGAGCCAACGGGGAGCCGCCUCCUCCAGGAACCGGCCUGCCUGUUAAACCAGGGAAAUCUCUCCAGAGACACUGGGAGGACUCUCCCUCCUGCAGUGUGGACGUCCCUCCUCCGUGGGCCAGCAGACAGUUUGACUUCUCCGUCAUGUCCUACAACAUCCUGUCCCAGGAGCUGCUGCAGGACAACGUCUACCUCUACCGACACUGCCCCCCCUCCGUCCUGCCCUGGGACCACCGGCUGCCCAACCUGCUGGCUGAGAUCCAGCACUACAACGCUGACAUCCUGUGUCUGCAAGAAGUCCAGCAGGACCACUAUGAAAACCAGAUAAAACCGGCUCUACAGGCUCUAGGUUACCAGUGUGAGUACAAGAAGCGAACAGGAAGUAAACCUGACGGCUGUGCUGUGAUCUUUAAAACCUCCCGCCUCUCGCUGCUCUCCUCCAAUCCCGUGGAGUAUUUCCGGCGGGGCGAUGCCCUCCUGGACCGGGACAACGUGGGCCAGGUCCUGCUGCUGCAGCCCAACGACGCCGCGGCCCCCGCGGACCCCUCGGACCCCUCCUCCUUCAUCUGCGUGGCCAACACCCACCUCCUGUACAACCCGCGCCGCGGAGACAUCAAGCUAGCCCAGCUGGCCAUCCUAUUGGCCGAGAUCAACCGGCUGUCCCGCCUCCCGGACGGCUCCACCAAUCCGGUGGUGGUGUGUGGGGAUUUUAACUCAACGCCCUGGAGUCCUCUGUACAGCUUCCUGACCACCGGACGCCUGGAGUACAAAGGGAUGCAGAGCAGCAUGGUUUCUGGUCAGGAGAGCGUUCCCAGAGGUCAGCGUCUCCUCACCGCUCCGCUCUGGUCUCACAGUCUGGGAAUCAACCACCAGUGUCAGUACGAGAAGAAACCAGCCGCUGAGUCCUGCAGCAGCCCCACAGUAGAAAAGGCAAUCUCUAAUCUGACGGUUGAAGAUCUCGCCACAAAAGCUGCUGUGACUUUUUACAGAGCGAGGCUGGAGCACGGCCUGAAGCUGCUGUCGUCCUAUCAGCACCACCUGAAGUCUGACGGGAGACCUGAGAUCACCACCUGUCACUCCCGCACCGCCAUGACUGUUGACUACAUCCUGUACACCCCCGAACUCGUGUCUCCUCCUUCGCUCCCCGGUGGGCGGGGCCUCCAGCUGCUGGGCCGGCUCUCAUUGGUCGGCCAGUCGGAGCUGGAGGAGGUCGACGGGCUGCCCAAUCGCCUCCACUCGUCAGAUCACCUCCCUCUCCUCGCUCGCUUCCGCCUCCGCCGCUGACAACCACAGCGGUUCACUAAGCUCAGGGAAGAUGGACGUAAAAACACAAAAUAUUCACAUUAAAGUUGUUUUUUCCCACCUGAACGGAGGAUUAAAGUCAGUUUUCCACCAAGCAGCUCUGGAGCACAGGUACAAAUGUUUCUCUGCAGGAAGAAAAGCUUCUUUUAGAGAGCUUUCUGGCCAAAUUCUCCAAGAAGAAACUACAAAAACUUCAAUAAUAAUAUACUAAAUAUAUUUAAAUAAUUACCUUAGUGUGUGCAAGAUGAAUUUGCAGUAAAAUCCCCAGUGCUGCUAAUCCUAAAUAGGGCUGGGCGAUAUGCACCAAAACUCAUAUCCUGAUAUAUUUAGGCUGAAUAUCGACAUACGAUAUAUAUAUCCUGAUAUUUUUAUCACAAAUACUCAGUCAAAGUCAAACAUGACACGUCACAAGUAGUUUUAUUGAAACCCUUUAUUCAAGUGAACAUAAAUACAGGAGUACACUGUAAAAUAACAGUUAAAUACUGGCAGCAGGGACGCCAGUAUUUAACUGUUAUUUUACAGUCCAUAGUACUAUAAUUUAUUUUAACAGUAUAUUAUCAUAUUUUGGAUUACAGUAUAUGACCGAAGGGUAACGGUGGGUGUUGGGGUUAUUUUACAGGGCAUUUAUCGUCAUUUAUCAAACAGUAUAAUACCGUUUAAUGCUGUUAAAUUACAGUUAUCUAUUGUUAAUUGACUAAUUUAACUGUUCAUUUACAUGUGAGGGAUGAAUAUUUAACAGUAUUUUACAGUUAUUAUAAAAUACAGUAGGAUACUGUUGUAAAUCCACCGUAAAUAUACAGCAAUUUGUUACAGUGUAUCUUUUUUUCACAUUUAAAUAAAAAAUAUCUUCAAUUAAAAUAGCCUAUAAAAUAAUUAUUUUAUUAUUUCAUAUUUUUCUGAAAUAUAUUUAUACGAGAAAAGAAUAACGAACAUUACAAAACAACUAAAUAUGACAAACCCAAGUAAGGGCAGUAUUUAUAUAUAUAAAGAAAGAAAAAAAUUAACUAUAU